AUGCCGCCUCUCGACAGAUCUCGACAAUAUGCCCAGGCAUUACUAGACCAUGUACAGACUGGAGCGUACCCAAGCUCCGAGGAUGUCGUCUCCGCCGAGUUGCCGUCAUCUGCGCUCCCUGUCGUCUCAAAGACGAUUGACGAAGCUCGAGAGGAGCUAAGAAGGAAGGUUCGGCUUCAAAGCAAGGACAUUGCGCCCGACAUAGACGGCUGGAUUUCGCGCGCGAAACAAUUACAGGUCGACAUUAAGGCCUCUCAAGCGGAGGCCCAAGAUAUAGUACAAGAAGCACAGCAUGGGCGAGAACUGAGGGAGAGUGUCAAUGACUCUGAAAGUAAAGUCCGGCUGUUAGAAGAGGAGCUAGCUUUCAAUCACAGCCUGGAAGUAUCGUUGGGGCGGCUUCGCGCGGUCGGUCAGCAACUUGAUCGAAUUCAGCAGGCUAUUGUCGAUAGCGAUGUCCUAAACGCUGUAGACCUCUUAUGCGACUUUGAUGAGGAAUCAACAACUGUGUCGGGCUCACCGGCCUCGAAAGUAGCGAACCUGUUCUCGGCCAAGGCCGCUCAACUACACACCGAAGCUGCAGAGGACCUGCAACACCGCUGGAAAUCAUACGUUCAUACGGAUAAAGAGAGUAUCACCAUCAGUAUCAGAAGGAAACACAAGAAUGCUAUCCCUCUUGAUCUUGAGUCUGUCGUUUUGGCUCAGCGAAAAUUAGGGACGCUGGAUCAAGCACUACUGCUCUUUUGUAAGGAAAUCGAGCAGCUGAUUCUACUGCCCAGGCUCCAUGUUCGAGCAGAUGGCUUAGUUUUCCAUGUAGAGAGUGGAGUUGACUAUGUCCGCACUGUUGGUCCAACCUCCGAUCUUAGUGCCAAAUCACUUUUCUCUGAACUCUCAGCAUUACUUUCAUUCUUAGAUUCAAAACUGCCUCAAUCAGCGGUCGAGUCAUUGUCUGCGAUGCUAAUGCCGAAUCUGCUCUCAAGGCUAAUUACAACUUGGCUCGCAUCUGCUGUACCGGAUGAUCUUGAUGGUAUAAACGAUUUUCGUGAUACCCAAGAGCUGGCAAUCGACUUUGGUCAGUAUCUUGAAGCGAGUCGCUGGCCUGGGAAGGCAGAGAUAGAUGAGUGGUUAGAUAGUAUACCUGUCGUGUGGCUCAAAAAGCGACAAGAAAGUGCUCUGAACCGAGUACGCAAAUUAGUACCACGCGGCAUCCAGUCAAUUGAGACAGUCGAACGUAUCGAAACGCAAAUCAUGUCUCAUGAGGAUGAUGUCUUUCCGGAUGGCUCUGGUGGCAAUGAGUGGAAUGCCAACUGGUCAGAUGAGGAAGACGAUCCUACUGCUGAGCAACAUCAUCCGGAACAAAAGAGUCAGAAUAUUUCAAACGCCGACGUAAGCGCAUGGGGCUUUGAUGACGAAAAAGUCGCCCCAGAAGCAAGAGGAAAGCCAACGACGACCGACGAAGAUGAUAGUGCCGAAGCCUGGGGUUGGGGAGAUGAUGACGAGCAAACCGACCAGCAGAAUCCAGAUGACGCUGCGAAGGCUUCACCUACGUCAAAGAUAGCUGCUGGAAAACAAAAUGUAAAUGGCACUCCACAAAUAGCGCGCAAGAACGAUCGAGAAAUCACACUCAAGGAAACCUAUACCAUCACUUCUUUGCCAAAGGAAGUACUCAAUAUCAUUGCUCAAGUGACGGCUGAUCUAGAUCAAUUGCGAAGCCCAGCGUUUGCCAACUCUCCACUCGCCGGCUCUGCUCCCGCUUUAAGUUCUCUCUCUAGCCUGAUAUUGGCCAUGUACCGAGCCAGCUCUCCAUCGGCCUACGAAGUACAUAACAGCGGUAACAUGUACCUCUACAACGACUGCCAAUGGCUUGCAGAACAGUUACGCCCUCCAGAUCGUCCUCAAGACCCUUCCACCGCCUCCUCAAUCUCAGCUCUAGAGACACACGGCAAGCGCGCCUACGCCAAAGAAAUGGACUCUCAGCGCACCAUCCUUGCCGACCAGCUCGAUGGUGCCGAAGGCUUCAAGAAUUGCACCGAAUACCCUUUCAACCAACAGUGCGACACCGCCAUCUCCUCGACCAUCGACCGAAUUCGCCAACUCCACCAGGAAUGGAAACCCGUGCUUUCUCAGUCAGCGCUCAUGCAAGCUAUGGGCUCCUUGUUGUCAUCCGUCUGUUCGAAGUUCAUCGUCGACGUCGAGGAAAUGGAGGACAUUUCCGAACCCGAGUCGCAGCAAUUGACCGCCUACUGCUCCCGCUUGGGGAGUCUAGAGAACAUAUUUCGGCCAAAUCAUGCAGGUGCUGAACAUACCGCAUCAAGUCCAGGGAGUGAGGAAGCAGUGCUCCUAACGGCAGUAUACACCCGCGACUGGCUGAAGUUCCAGUAUCUGGCCAAUAUCCUGGAAAGUAAGCUCGUUGAUAUCAAGUACAUGUGGACAGAAGGAGAGCUGCAGCUGGAAUUUGAAACGCAGGAAGUGGUCGAUCUGAUUGAGGCGCUUUUUGCCGAGAGUUCAUAUCGGAAGGGGGCGAUAGGAGAGAUUAGAGCUGCUGAACGGAGACGCGGGUGA